AUGUCGUCCACCAGCAACGCCUCCAUUGACAAGUUCAACGGAGACAAUUACGCAACGUGGAGCCGGUACAUGCGCGGUGUGUUUUUGACGAAGUCCGUCUGGCACGUCGUCAACCGUGAAGUGACUCCGACUUUCACCGACCCGCGAGCGUCCGAUGACUACGUCAAGGCAAGCAACGUCGCGUUUGGUAUGAUGCUGCUGCACAUGAACGCGGACUACCAUCAUGUGCUGGACAACUGCGAGGAAGCCUGGGUUGCGUGGACAAGUCUGAAGACGCUGUACGGUGGGUCGCAGAAGGCAGGACGCAUCUACCUCAAGCGACAACUUUUCAGUAUCAAGAUGGCUGAAGGCGCGAACGUCAUGCAUCACUGCAACGAGGUCCUCAACAUCUCCGCCAAGCUUAGCGGCAUCGGUGCGAAGAUGGAAGACGAAGACGUUGCAAUUUGUCUGCUACUCAGUCUUCCGAAGAGCUACGAAAAUGUGGUGCUCAACAUGGAAAUGAGCAGCACCGAGCUUCGCACUCAAGAUGUGGUGAGAGUCCUGACGAAUGAGCAUGCCAAGCGUCAAGGAGAAAAAAGGGACAACGACAGCGACUACGGUGAAGGCUGA